UUCUCUGACGUAAAAAAAUAAUAUUUGUUGAGGUGGUUAAAUCCAUCAGAUGAACCCCCCCCCCUCCUCCUGCGUGCGUAAAUGUGCGGAGCCACCUUAAAGGAAAGCAGCCCGCUGAUGUCAGAGACACAGACUCCGCCGCCGGUUCAGCGCUGCUCCGCUCCGCCGUUUCAAAUCUUCAUCCGCGCUGCUGCUGCUGCUGCUCUCCUCCUCUCUCUCCUCUCCUCUCCUCACUUUUCUCCAGCUCAUGUCUCGACUGCAUCCAUCGGAGUAGCUUAUUUUAACCCCCUUCUUCGGCAACACGUUCAACUGUGCUGUGUCAGCCCUACCUGAGCCAAAUCCUUCCCUUGGGGAGAGAAAGGUUCCCUUCCUGUCUGAGCAGAUCGCUGCUGUUGCAACAUCCCGGCCUCCCCCAUCCGCCAGCGCACGGCAACCACAGGAGCGCUGGCUUGAUUCCAGGGAGGCUUCGAUCCUGCAGCCACGUCAAUCACGUCUUCACCGCUGGCUGCGGGGCGGCCCUCGUGGCCAGGAUGCCACUGUGUGCCAUGCCAGUCCACAGUGGACGGUGAGGGGCAGGAGGAGGGGACCGAGUGCAGGAGACUGAGAGGAGGCGGCUCUCACCAAACAGGAGAAAUGAACCUCUGCUGGAACGAGAUCAAACGCAAAUCCCACAACAUCCGGGUGCGGCUAGAGGCCUUCUCAGACAACAGUGGGAAGCUGCAGCUCUCUCUGCAGGAGAUCAUAGAAUGGCUGACAGCCAAGGACGAGGAGCUCUCAGAGCAGCUGCCCAUAGGAGGCGACGUGGGGGCAGUCCAGCACCAGAGGGAGUUCCACCAGGCAUUCAUGGAGGAUGUCAAGUCUCGCGGGCCGUUCAUCUACUCAGUCUUGGAGUCUGCCCAGGCCUUUCUGGCUCAGCACCCCUUCCAGGAGCCGGAGGAGACCCUGACCGAUGGAAAAGAGGUGUCUCCACGUCGGCGGAUCUUAAAUGUGAGCCGCUCGGUGUGGAAGCAGGCGAACGUGGCCAGUGACCUGUGGGAAAAGCUGACAGCGCGAUGUGUGGACCGCCAUAGACACAUGGAAAGGACCUUAGAGCGUCUACUUCAGAUCCAGGCAGCGAUGGAGGAGCUGGCCGUGGCCCUGGAGCAGGCAGAGGGGGUGAGAGACGCCUGGGAGCCUGUCGGAGACCUCUUCAUCGAUUCUCUGCAGGACCAUAUAGACGCCACCAAGUUAUUUAAGGAGGAGCUGACCCAGGUGAAGGAGGGCAUGAAGCACAUCAAUGAUCUGGCCCACCAGCUGGCGAUCUCUGAUGUCCAUUUGUCGAUGGAGAACGCCCGUGCCCUGGAGCAUCUCAACAGCAGAUGGAAAGUGCUUCAGGGUUCGAUAGAGGAGCGGUUGAAGCAGCUCCAAGAUGCACAUAGAGACUUUGGCCCUGGAUCGCAGCACUUCCUUUCCAGUUCAGUGCAAAUACCGUGGGAGCGUGCCAUCUCCCCGAACAAAGUGCCCUACUACAUCAACCAUCAAGCCCAGACAACAUGCUGGGACCAUCCAAAGAUGACAGAACUGUACCAAGCACUGGCGGAUCUGAAUAACAUCAAGUUCUCAGCAUACAGAACAGCUAUGAAGCUGCGGCGAGUUCAAAAGGCCCUGAGAUUGGAUUUAGUAGCACUGAGCAGCCUUGUGGAGGUGUUUCGGGAGCAGGAGCUGCAGCAGGGGGAGCAUGUGAUGGAUGUGGUUGAGAUGAUCCACGGCCUGACAGCUCUGUAUGAGAGGUUGGAGGAGGAGAGGUCCAUCCUGGUUAACAUUCCACUCUGUGUUGACAUGUGUCUCAACUGGCUGCUAAACGUCUAUGACAGUGCUCGAAAUGGCAAAAUGCGAGUUCUCAGCUUCAAGAUGGGAUUGGUGAGCUUGUGCAAUGCAGACGUCCAAGAGAAGUACAAAUACUUAUUCCGUCAGGUGUCCGGUCCUGGAGGUUUGACAGACCAGCGUCACCUCAGCCUGCUGCUCCAUGAAGCCAUCCAGAUCCCCCGCCAGUUGGGUGAAGUUGCUGCUUUUGGGGGCAGCAAUGUGGAGCCUAGUGUCCGCAGUUGCUUCCGUGUGGCCCUAGGGAAACCUGCAAUUGAGGUGUCUCACUUCCUGGAGUGGAUGAGCUUGGAGCCUCAGUCAAUGGUUUGGCUGCCUGUCCUUCACCGCGUGACUGCUGCAGAGUCGACCAAGCACCAGGCCAAAUGUUACGUGUGCAAACAGUGUCCCAUCAAGGGUUUCAGGUAUCGGAGUCUGAAGCAGUUCAAUGUGGACAUCUGCCAGACAUGUUUUCUAACUGGCCGUACUACCAAGGGAAAGAAGCUGCACUACCCCAUCAUGGAGUACUACACCCCAACGACCUCGGGAGAGAAGAUGAGGGACUUUGCCAAGACUCUGAAGAAUAAGUUCAGGUCAAAGCAAUACUUCACCAAGCACCCUCAGAGAGGUUACCUGCCGGUGCAGUCUGUGCUGGAAGCUGAGAGCUCGGAGACGCCGUGCUCAUCGCCCAGGCUGCCCCACGCUGACACACACAGCAGGAUUGAACAUUAUGCCAGCAGAUUGGCAGAAAUGGAGAGCCAGAAUUGUUCGUUCUUCACAGAUAGCCUGUCUCCUGAUGAAAGUCUGGAUGAAGAUCAGUACCUCCUGCGUCACUCCAGCCCAGCCCUGGACCAUGACUCACCCUGCGGACAGCACAUGCUGCUGGCCCACCUGGAGCACCAGGACAAGGAGCAGCUCCAAUGCACCCUGGCCCGCCUGGAGAAUGAGAACAGGGUGCUGCAGGGAGAGUACAGAAGGCUCAAGUGGAAGCACGAGGAGGCAGCGUCCGUUCCCAUGUUGACUGAGGCUGGAGAGGGCGGUCCGGGAUCCCCUACAGCAGAAGGGCAGCAGGACGAGGAGCUCCUGGCCGAGGCACGGGUUCUCCGGCAACACAAGACGCGCCUUGAGACCCGUAUGCAGAUCCUGGAGGACCACAACAAACAGCUGGAGUCCCAGCUGCGCAGGCUCAGGGAGCUUCUGCUACAGCCCAAAGAUGAUUCAGAGGCCAACGGAUCAGAACCGUCAACCCUGUCUUCUCCUGUGUCUGGCGGGGGUCACCACGGGGAGCCGGCCAGCAGAGAGACUACUGACACUGAAGCAGCAGGAGAUGAUAUGGAGCAUGAACAGGAUACAGUGCUGCAACUCCAGGAGGUCAUCGAGCAGCUGAGAAACGUCUUCCCUUCUGAACCAGGCACCACCUCACACAUCUAACCCCGAGUGGGCCUGGAGGAGCAAAGAGAAAGCCUGAAAGGAAGCCUGAUGGCAGAGGGAGGAGCUCCAGAAGGCUGAGGUCAGGCCACAAUACACCAGGCCCUGUGAUGACUGCAGCAGCUAUGAUACCCCAGAGCUAACCCUCUACUGGAACUCUGUGCACUAAAAGCCUUUUUCAUGCAAACUGCUCAAGGCUCCCGCUGAUGUCCUGAUGUUUGGCCAGGCUGUGCUUUAUAACUUCAGUGUCACAGCCUGACACAGUGUUAACGAGCCAAAGGAAACUAAUGUUAGCAGCAGGUCAGGGAGAGACUAAAGUAAAAAGGAAAAUGCCCAGCCAAGACACUGUGCUUACCAGUAUCUGUGUAGUCGUUCGGGGUGUGAAGCUUUAUAUCAGUCCACAGCACAAAUUGGACUUUCCAUGAAAAGAAUUUUAAAAAAAAUGCAAAAAGGAAUAAGAAGAAUAUCCCCUUGUUUUGUCAGAAUGCCUGUGUCUUCAGUGUCUGUGGGUAUUUUUUUCUCCUUGAAUGUGUUAUCAUGUCGUUUUUAUUUUUUGAAGAGACGUACUGCGUUAAAGCUUGCUAGUGUAAACUAGAUCAGGGCUGGGCUGACUGCAUUUCAUGUGGCUGCGUGGUGCAGACUGUCAGUGAGUUGACAGCACCCACAACAAGCUUAUUUACUUUGUGAGAAUGACACAUCAUCAGUUAAAUCCAUGAUUUAUUUAAGACAGCCAAAGUGCCCGCUAGCACAGCGCCUCUGUAUGCACACUGUGUUCCUCUAAUCCUCUCAAACUGCUUGUCACUCUCAUUGCUCGCCUCUACUAAGCGAGCCCUUUAUGCUCAUACGGACCCACUUGCGCUCACCAUACGUGCACACGCACUUGUAUGCUGCUAAGUCCAUACUCUUUAUUGACAAUGCACCCUUCACUCAUUGUGCACAAAUUCACAAACGGCUCUCUGCAUGAUCAAUAACAUGUACUGUGCUGCAUCACUAAAAAAAAGAAAAGAAAAGAAAAAAGACUUCCAUAAAAAAAAUUGAGAUAUAUUUCAUCUCUUUAGCUCGGGGGAUCCAGACAAGCUCUCAGUUUUGAGCCAAUUUGUUUUGUGACUGGAAUUGGGUUUUGUUGAGGAAAUGUCUGCCGAUAAAUAUCAGCAUGCAGACGUCCGCUCUGGAAUUUUGGAGUGUACUCCUGCUGUGCGCACAGAAAGAGAAGGAAGCAGCUCCAGGCAAUAGUGCUGCCAGGCCAAAGCCCUCUCUCUCUUUCUCCCUUUUUCUGCAAGGCCAAUUCCAGACACUACAGGGGGGGGACAAAGCAUG